UAUGUACACACACUUGAGAUAAAUACAUAGUUGUUUACAAUAGACAUAUGUCAAGAUUAUCAGUUUCUUAUCAUAUAAAUACGUACCCCGCAGACUAAAAUCAAACGUGAGUUCAGUCUCUUAGAAAUACCUUUUUUCAGAUCGGCCUAUCGGACAUUCAUAUCUUCUUAAAGUAGUGCAAUACCGGAGGAAUAACUGGUUCUAAUCUAAAUCCCAAUACAUUACAAACAAACAUUAUUCAGAUAGCAGAAACAAGUCAAAAUACUGAUAACAGACUCAAGUAUCAUCCAAUCCCUUUAGAUACACACGACUUUGGAAAUAAUAUAAAGUGUAGUUACUUAUAUAAUAUACGGAUUAGUACAACAAAGACGGAGAAUGAAACUGCUAGUGAUUUUAAGUUUAGCAGCAGCCUGCCAUUGCUCAACCUCGAAACAUGGGAGAAGGUUCCCAGAUGACUUCCUCUUCGGAACUGCUACUGCUGCUUACCAGGUUGAGGGAGCUUGGAAUAAAGAUGGCAAAGGUGAAAAUAUUUGGGACCACAUGACCCAUACCAACCCAACUGUCAUUAGAGAUCAGAGCAAUGGCGACAUCGCUGCCGACUCCUAUCACAACUACAAGCGUGAUAUCGAGAUGAUGAGGGAACUAGGGUUGGAUGCCUAUAGAUUCUCAAUGUCAUGGACCAGGAUUCUACCUUCAGGCAUGGCCAACGAAGUUAACCCUGCAGGCAUUGAGUUCUACAACAACUUCAUUAAUGAAAUGCUCAAAUAUAACAUUACUCCUCUGGUCACUCUAUACCACUGGGAUAUGCCCCAAAAGUUGCAAGAACUCGGAGGAUUAGCCAACCCACUAUUCACAGGAUGGUUUGAAGAUUAUGCUAGGGUUAUCUUCGAGAAUUUCGGAGACAGAGUCAAGAUGUUCAUCACUUUUAAUGAACCUAGAGAAAUCUGCUAUCAAGGCUAUGGAGCAGAUCUCAAAGCCCCUAUACUUAAUUCUACAGCUGUUGGUACUUAUCUCUGUGCCAAGAAUUUGGUGAUGGCUCAUGCAAGAGCCUACCAUUUGUACGACAAGGAGUUCAGGGCAACUCAAGGAGGACAGUGCGGUAUCACUAUUAGCGUGAACUGGUUUGGACCAGUGACUGAUUCUGCUGAGGAUGCAGUAGCAGCUGAAAUUAAAAAACAAGGAGAGUGGGGUCUCUACGCGCAUCCCAUCUUCUCGUCUGAAGGUGGAUUCCCAAAGGAGCUUUCACAGAGAAUUGCUGAAAAGAGUGCUGCACAGGGCUACCGUCGCUCUCGGCUCCCUGAGUUCAGUGAAGAAGAGAAGGCUUUUAUCAGAGGAGCUUCAGAUUUCUUCGGAGUGAACCAUUACACAGCCAAGUUGAUAUCUGCUACGAAAUUCAAGAAACCAGUUCCUGUACCCUCGUUUUUAGAUGAUAUGGAUGUUGGUGAAUUUAUACCUGAUCGCUGGAUGUCUGCUGCAUCAGAAUGGCUUAAGUUGGCCCCAAACAGCCUUUACAACGCCUUAACUUACUUGAAGGAGAAAUACAACAAUCCGGUCUUCUACAUCACUGAGAACGGCUGGUCUACUUUUAAAGAUAGAGGUCUGCAUGAUUAUGAUAGGAUCAUAUACUAUAGAGCUUCCAUGGAGAGUGUCCUGAAAUGUUUGGAUGAUGGAGUAAACCUUAAGGGUUAUAUGGCAUGGAGUCUCAUGGAUAACUUUGAAUGGAUGCAAGGUUAUGUUGAGCGUUUUGGCUUAUAUCAAGUGGACUUCUCUGACCCGGCGCGCACGCGCACCCCCAGGAAGUCAGCGUUCGUGUACAAGCACAUCGUCAAGCAUCGCUACGUAGACUACGAGUACCUGCCUGAGUCCAUGACCAUGACCAUUGAUGACGGACAUUGAAAAAUUGAAUAAAAUUACAGAUUUCUAUCUCAUUGAUA